UUCAUACCAAGAACUGGGAUCAUCGCUGCCACGCGGACCCGGUUCCUGCCCCGUCGACUUCAAUCCCUACUCCAUUCCCCUCUCCUCACGUCGCGCCGCCGCCGCCGCCGCCGCCUCGUCCUACUUCGUCCACCGCAUGUUCGUACUGCUGCAGUAGUUGAGGGACGACGUCGUGUUUGCACGGUCUUUCAAAUCGCUGGAUCUCGCGGGUGCGGAGCCCUUUUUCGCCAUUCAAGGAAGUUUCUUUCGACGGAAACAUGCGGUUCAGGGCGACGGUGAUGAGCGGCUGCUGCUGCCGUGCGAUGCGCCGCGGGCUUCUUUUUGCAGGCAAACCGCCGCGCCUAAUUCUGGCAAACGUGGGGAGCAGAGCAGCAUUUCCUGCAGUGAGGUAGAGCAGGGUGUCUCUUCUCAACUUCGAUGAGGAUGGAAGAUGCUCCUGAAUAGCAGCGCUCUCUGAUGAUGCGGUUGACAUCCAACUCUUCAUGACAGUCGCAGAAGCUCAUCGAUUAUUUAUUUCGUUCUGAGAAGAACCUCAUCAUUAUUGGGUAUUUCGGAGAUGAAGGCCAUUAAGUAUUGUUUGUCAGUAUACCUUGUGCACGACCGACUAGAUGAUGCCUGCGCCUUUUCUCCCUGUUAUGGCCUGCCAAGCAGAAUUACCGCACUCAUGACGAUCAUUGUGUGGUGGAUCUUGUCACAGGUGGCCACGACAUGCCAGUAUGCCAGGGCAACUCCAAGAGGUGGACAGUUCAUGACCUGAACUAGGUGGAUGAAACUUGUCAGCACUAGUCCCUGAGGUGUUGAGUUCAUGCUUAUCUUGAAGCCUACGUGGCCCAGAUUAGCAUUGAACACGUUUUUGGAGUGGAAGAAGUGAAGCAUCUAUUGAUGAUUAUAAUGCAUGUGUGGUGGAUCAUGCUGCUGCUAGAAGACAAACCAGCACAGCAACAGUGCUGCACAGCAAUUGAGGUGAAGUCGCAGCUGCCAUAAGUUGAGAAGCAAAUUGACAGGCUGUUCGAAGGUUGAUGAAACAAGACAGCAAUGCUCCACGAGGUGUUGAGUUCAUGCUUUUCUGGGUGUUACCUCGACCGUAUCAUGACUGAGCGUGUUUCUGUAGGUGGAUGAAACUUUCCAGUGAUACUCAAUGAGGUGUUGAGUUCAUGCUUAUCUUGAAGCUGCCUGGCCAUAUGAGCAUUGAACACGUUUUUAUAGCAGAGACAUACCAGCAAAGCAACAGUGCUGCAUAGCAAUUGAGGCGAAGGUGCAGCUGAAGUAAGUUGAGAACCAAAUUGACAGGCUGUUGGAAGGUUGAUGAAACAGGACAGCCAUGCUCCACGAGGUGUUGAGUUCAGCUUAUAUAAAUGUUGCCUGGAUCUAUCAUGACUGAGCGUGUUUCUGUGGAUGAAACUUGCCGGUGGUAGUCCAUGAUGGUGUUGAGUUCAUGCUUAUCUUGAAGCUGCCUGCCCAUAUGACAAUUGGACACAUUUUUGGAGGUUCUGUGUCUCAACUUUUACUCUCAUGAACUGCAAUUCUUGCCCACCACCUUCUAGCAGAAAACAACUCUGGGUACUCGUGCAGUCCAUUUUGUCGGACAUAAUUGAAACAUGACAGAUUGGCGAUACCAAAUAGCAACUUGUCUUCCUGUACUGUCACAAAGUAAUGCAGACCACAGUUCGCCUACGUAUGGAACAUGUCAAAGUUGCUUGUAUAGUAUUUAGCAACGUGUGCUCUUUUAAACUAAGAUAGAUAAGGGUACCAACUUGCCUGAGGCUAUGGUGGCCAUGUGAGUACAUGGAGUCUUCAGAGAUAGCGAUACUUUCGCAUUUACCCCAUUGUAUAAGGGGUUUCCUGCAUAUUCUACACCUGUACAUGUAUAUAUACUGGCCUUUUGCCUCCUGGAAAUACAAGUUGCAUAUUUCCUAACAAUUGGCACCUCUACAUCUGCUACUGAACUAUUGAAGGAUGACACCACAGAAACAUGCAUUACCUUCUAGUAUCAGAAUUUUGCAAGCUGGAACCCGUCCCAGUGAGUUUAUGAGUUAGCUUUCAUAAGUUGCUUAUGUUCUAAAUGAGUAAAUGACGCAGCUAAAGAAUCGAAGCAUCUGUUGAUGAUUCUAACGCAUGUGUGGGCGUGGUGGAUCAUGCUGCAGAUAGCAGAGACAUACCAGCAAAGCAACUGUGCUGCAUGGCAAUUGAGGCGAAGGUGCAGCUGACGUAACUUGACAACCAAAUUGGCAGGCUGUUGGAAGCGGCGGAUCUUGUUGCAGGUUGAUGAAACAAGACAGCGAUGCUCCAUAAGGUGUUGAGUUCAUGCUUAUCUAAUGCUACCUGGACUGAGCGUGUUUCUGUAGGUUGAUGAAACAAGACAACGAUGCUCCACGUCCACGAGGUGUUGAGUUCAUGCUCAUCUAGAUGUUGCCUGGAAGUGACAAUUAAUAUGGAGCGAAGGGAGUGGUAAAAUAUGACAUUAAUGAAACAUCUCUCAUAACAAGGAGCGGCUAAGGAGGGAUCACCAACACCCCACCUUGGAGCCCACGGUUCGCCGUAGGUGGUUUCAUCUCUUUACGGUGGCGUGUUCACGGUUGAAGUUGUUGUGCUCAGCGCCUUUGUAUCUUGUCUUGGGUGUGUGUGUUGUGGUGACGUGUGUUUGUACCGGGUUGAUGAUGGUCAUUACUUGCUUUAUAUAUAAAGCGAGGCGAAAGCCUUUUUUCGGUAACAAGGAGCGGAGGGAGUAGUAAAAUAUGACAUUUAUGAAACAUCCUCAUAACAAAUGUUACUCUAGUUUGAUCGGAGACUAUUAGUUUAGCCAACAACUAAAGAUUUGAAGCGUCUAUUAAGAAUUAUAGCGCAUGUGUGGCGGACCAUGAUGCAAUUAGCAGAGACAUGCCAAGAAGGCAACAAUAUCAUGCACACGAGGGUUGAGGUGCGGGUGCAACCAUCACACGUUGACAACCAGACUGCCAGAAGGUAUUUUGCCAAUCUGGAUGAUGAGACGAACCACUCGUGCAGAUACUUUUGCCAUCUAUAGACGAGACAUGCACACGCUCUCGAUCUCACUCAUUGAUGUCAGUUGCACUGACCAAAAUAAGAGAGAGCACCAGUUUCGCCUCAGCGGCAGAUGAUUAAGCCGCAGCCGAGAACUUGCUCCAUUAUCAAUUCCUUUUGCUUCUCGACUAUAAAUAGAGCGCUCCGCAAAGGUCUCAGCACCAACAAAGCACUCUCUCUUCCAUCAUUACAAGCAGAAAUAGCUGCACAUCAUCAGUUGAGUUCAUCAUCCUUUAGAAACAUGGCCUGCCAUCAAAGAUCUGCGAGCCUGCCUUCCACCCCCCACUCCACCGAAUCCAAGGUGGAGGAGGAGCUGCAGGGCCUGCAGACGCGCAUCUCCGCGCCUUCCGCGACCAUCGACACGAUGUGCGGCGGCCUGAGGAGUCUCGGAGACAUCUACAGCUCCAUAGAAGCGAUCAUGAGCCUGCCCAGCAACCAAAUCGGCCUCUCCCUGCCCUUGCGGAGGAAGAUGGUCGAGGAAGAGCUUGACAGGUCACUUGUCCUGGUGGAUCUCUGCAAUGCCAUGCAGGAGAGCCUGGCAGAGCUCAAGGCGAGCAUCCAGGACCUGCAGCUCACCCUCAAGAGGGGAGAUGGCGCGGCUGUUCAGAUCAAGAUCGAGUCCUUCAUUCGCCUCGCGAAGAAGGCGCAGAAGCCUUUCAAGAAGAUCACAAGCACUAAGACUACUGCCGAAGGCUGCAGGACGGUCAGGCUACUGGCAGAAGCAAGAGACACGGCGGUCUCUCUGCUUGAAUCUGCGUCGCGCCUCCUACCGAAGCAAAUUGGGGCCGCCAAUGGAAGUAGAUGGUCUCUGGUCUCACAAAGGUUCCAGAAGAAGAGGGUUGCCUGCGAGGCGGCGCAGCUGCAAGCGCUGGAGCGCGGCAUGGCGGAGCUCGAGAACGGCGUCGAAUCCCUGUUCAGGAGGUUGAUCCAUAGCAGGGUUUCACUCCUGAACAUCCUUAGCUCCUAGAUGCUUCUCAACUCUCAAGCCUUGUUACUCUACCCAUCUUUUGUACAUUGUAUACCAAACAUACAUAUAAUGGAAUGAUUACACAGUUUUGAUCAUGUAUUUUUGUCAACUGUUCAAGUUAUAUCCAUGUUUCUUUCCCUUC